AUGCUCGGCUAUUACUAUGAAGGGCUCUGGAACUUCUGUAUAGCAGAAAAAUGUAUGAGUCUGCAUCGAGAUUGGGGUAAGUCUUUCUCUGGUGGCCAGUAUGCUAAACUCUCAACGAAUGUGGCUGGGCUGUUGUUACCAGAUCAAGGCCGGCUCACUGAUGAGGCAAGGCAAGGUGCCCACCUUGGGUGCAGAAGCAAAGAGGUGGCACCCACCUCGCCUCCACCUGCCACCCUGCCACUUCCAUCCCUGUACCAGAUACUGUUCCUGUGCUUUGGAGAGCAGCUUAAUCUAUAUGCAUCCAGAGUCCAUAACGCCCUGAGCCUGGCUUUGGCUGGGGAGGGCGGGAUAUAAAUAAAAUUUAUUAUUAUUAUUAUAUUAUUAUCUCUAGCCUGUGAAAAAGACAUUGCUUGUUAACUCAGAUGUGGCGAGCCUCUGGCCCUCCAGAUGUUGUGGACUCCAGCCAGCAUGGACAACGAUCAGGGAUGAUGAGAGUUGUGGCCCAUCAACAUCUGGAGAGCCACGGGUUCCCAUCCCGUGGGGGAACCCAGCCAGAUCUGUGCGGUAUAAAUAAUAAAUUAUUAUUUUGAAUUAUGGUGCUGGAGCAGACUCUUGAGGGUCCCAUGGACUACAAGAAGAUCAAACCUAUCCAUUCUGAAGGAAAUCAGCCCCGAGUGCUCACAGGAAGGACAGAUCCUGAAGCUGAGGCUCCAAUACUUUGGCCACAUCAUGAGAAGACCCCCUGGGAAAGACCCUGAUGCUGGGAAAGACUGAGGGUACAAGGAGAAGGGGACGACAGAGGAUGAGAUGGUUGGACAGUGUUCUCGAAGCUACAAACAUGAGUUUGCCCAAACUGCGGGAGGCAGUGGAAGACAGGAGUGCCUGGCGUGCUCUGGUCCAUGGGGUCAACAAGACCCUGAUGUUGGGAAAGAUUGAGGACACAAGGAGAAGGGGACGACAAUGGUUAAACAGUGUUCUCUAAGCUACCAACAUGAAUCUGACGAAACUGCGGGAGGCAGUGGAAAACAGGACUGCCUGGUGUGCUCUGGUCCAUUGAGUCCUGAAGAGUUGGACACGACUAAACAACUAAACAACAACAAAAGUUAUAACAAUACCAAAUACAUAUCCAUAUACAGAGAUUUCUCUACACAGGGGUAAUGGUAGAAGGCAAGCAUAUCUGAUCUUCCAGUAUUACUAAUUCACUGUUGCUUCUCUUUGCAGCGUACAAAGUGUUUGUUUUAGGAUUCCUGAACGUGGGAACAUUUUCUGGAUUCUUGUGCAACCUUCUUUCUCCACUCUUGUGGGUGUGUGGAAAGAAGGAGCAGAUACUGAAGGGCUACCUUCAACUCAACUUUCCUGUCAGGUACUGCAGAUACAGAACACCCCCCUCUCCAACUACUCCGAUUCUUUUAAUAUAGCCACGGGUCUUUAAGUAUCAAGAAUAUGAUACUUAAGAGCCACUAAGCUCAAACCAGAUCCAUAAAAUUGUUCCUGUUUUGCCCUGCACUGGAGGGCAGGACCCAAACCAAUGGCUUCAAGUUACAAGAAAGGAGAUUCCAGCUAAACACCAGGAAAAACUUUCUGACAGUAAGAGUGAAUGAAUGAAUUUACUUUAUUACGGUCAUAGACCAGCAUAAGAAAAACAUCUAAAUAAAUAGCAUAACAGUAUCAAUCUAAGCAAAUAAUUAUUAAAUAAAUGGGAGCAAGAACCAUACAUAGAUUUAAACAUAUACAUAGAAUCCUUAAUUAAGCAUAGAUAAUGAGUGAGUAAAAACUGAUAAGAAAAACUAAAAGAUCAGUCAACACAGCUAUAUGGGGUGGGCUUCAGAAGUGCGUGUCUAACAAUAUGGGCCUUCAGUUUAGGACUGAGUUGUAGCAUAGACCAUUCUUUGUCAGAUAUCUAUCAUGGCAAUCUGGAAACAGUGGCUCAUGUUCUCCUGUCCUGUCCCCUUUAUAAAGAUCUGGGGAAUGAGAUCAUCACCCCACUCUUACUUACCAUCCCAGGCCGCCCAUCUGCGGCCACAUUGUUCUUUCUUUCAUCAGAUCAAAAUGAUCAGACAACAGCGAAGGUUGCUAGGUUUAUCGAGGGUGCAAUGAGAUUAAAGGCCACUAUCUUGGGCAUUUGAUUGCCCUUUUUACCCAUUGCUGUCUUUUUAAUUGUAUAUAUUGCUUGUUUUAUAUUGCUAUGGCCAUUGGCUAAUGUGAAUAAAGUUUAUCUAUCAUCUAUCAUGGCAGCACAAAAUCUGGUGACUAAAUAUGUGUGUGAUGGCCUGGGAUUCGGACUCAGACGUGGAAUCUGAGGAAUCCCAGCCUGCACAGGAGUCCCUGCCUCCAGAACCAGCUGAGCCGGGGCUGGGGCCCGAGCCUGAAGGGUCCUCACCUGUGCUGGAUCCUCAGGUGCAGGCACCAGCUGAGUCUGCUCUGGCCCCUGAGGUGAUGGAGGGCCCAUUGCCUGCAGGUGCUUCACUCUCAGCCCCGUCAGGGGAAGAGGAGGUUGCCUCUGGGUCUGGUAACCCUCCAGCCUCUCCUGAGCUGCAGAGGCUCAGGGCAGAGAGGCAGAGGGAACUACGUUCCCGCUGGAGGAGUGCUCGCCUCCAGGCCAGGAGAGGCGAGUCACCUGCGGACCGGGGCCGCCCUAUGCCUCGGGGCAGAUAAAAGGCAGUCAGCCCCAGUCCCAGGUUGCAGGAGCAACGUGGUCGCUAGUCUGUUCCUGCCUGCACCCUGUCCUGCUCUUCUGCCAGAGUUCCUGACCCCACCUGACUCCCUGCCUUGGACCCAGCUGCAGCUUUGAUGGACAGCCUCCAUACCACACCAUUGACUUCGGACUGGACUCGGACCUUGCCUCUCAGUAGCUCCCAGGACCAGCACAAUGUGACUUCUAGGGUCUUGUCCUGUAGUAAUAGGGAGAUGUUGUGUUGUUCUGAAUGCCCAGGAAAUUUAUAUAAAAUGGGUUGGAUAAACCUAGUUCGAAUGUCUAUAUAAUACUGGCAAUGAAGGAGGGCAUGCUGCGUUGUUUCCGGCUGCCCUGACCCACAUGGGCAUUUCUUCUCCUCAUAUGGGAUCUUCCUAUAGCGGCUUUCCUGAACUGCUGAAGGGACGGCCUGACAAAGUGAAAGCCCUUCGUUGUUUUGGUAUUUCGAGAUUAGCUAUGUGUGGCAUUUGGGAAGUCAAGUAUCUUCUAGUUUCGCUAAUUUAAAUUUGGGGGGGACAGUAACAGGUGUUUGACAGUGGAACAGACUCCCUUGGGAAGUUGUGGACUCUCAUUCCCUGGAGGAUUUUAAGCAGAGGUUGGAUGGUUUUAGUUGAGAUUCCUGCAUUGCAGGAGUUUGGACUAAAUGGCUCUUGGGGUCCUUUCCAACUCUACAAUUCUACGAUGAGCCCACCAGGCUCAGUAUAGCUCAGUUACACUGUUAAAAACAAAUUGAUCAAAAGACCCAAGUGAAUAACAUCAACAGCUGUAAGAAUACCUUCUAAGCUAGAACCACAGAUCAAAAUGCACAUCGACAUGCCUGGGUAGGCUUCCCUAAGCAGAAAAGUUUUUAGGAGUCUGCUAAAUAUUUCUACCCAGCUUUUCAGGUGAGAUUGGCUCAACAGGGUGAGGUAGUGGGGGGGGGUAGGUAACAGUGCAUCUGACAGCUGGCUUUGGCAAGAGUCACUAUUGACAUGCUUCCGUUUGCUCGUUCCUAGUGGUUACUACGUUGAUUGGAAUGAGUGUGUACACAGGAAAAUACACUCGGAGUACACCUCUGGAAUACCGUGGGUGGUCCUUCAUCUUGGCCUGGUGUAGCUUCUCCCUUUACCUUGUUGCUGGUGAGUGCAACUAGCAGAAAUAGCCAGGAGACUGAGGUUUGCUUCCGUUCCAAUAGCAGGAGUUCCUCCCCACCCCACCCCCCAGCAUUGCAUCUGUUAUUGUUUUCUGGGAUGCUCGAUUGCUGUAUCCCAGGAGGAACCAACAUGGAGGCCUCCAUAGGUUGUGGACUUCAACUCCCAUCAUCCCUGAUGGUCUGGCAUGAUGCCUGGGUCUGAUGGGAGUUAUAGUCCAAAUCCUCUGGGUGGCACUACAACAGCUACUUCAGCUAUAAACAAACUUGGUUCUCUUAUUUGCUUGUUAUGUGGAGUCAUGGGAAAGGCAGCACAGGGAAAGAUAGAAACAGAUUAUGGUGGUAAGCAUAUCACUUGACGUCAACUGCGUUUACUUUGGAGUAAAUAUGCUGUGGAUGAGGCUGCCAAUUUAUUUUCUGUUAGAAGAACGGAAGAGAGAUCAGCGGCGAAACACCCACUGUGUAUGCAAAAUGUCCCAGAUUCAAUAGCCCCCAAUAGCUGCUUAUGUUGGGGGAGGGAAGAGAGAGAGUCUGCAUUUCCAAAAAUGGAAUAAAACAUGGCCCAGAUUUGAAUAAAAAUUACAUGUGUGAAUAUAUGGCAAGGGAGGGGGAAGGUAUGGUAAAAAGGAGUGUAAGAAAUCGAAUAAAUAAUAAUAGAUGCUUUCAUUUUUAAAGUAAUUUUUAUUGGUUUUCAUAGAUGUGCAACAAAAUGCAACUAGAUAACUAAGCUUAACAUAAUCUCCCCAGUGACCAGUUUUCAUGUCUUUAUAAUAUUUGUUCCUUUUUUAGCUUUCCUUCGGGUUUCUCCCUUGUUGUUCCAUCAGGGUUGUGUGGAUACCUCCAUCUUCCAGAAGUCAUCUCCUCCAACUGAAGUAUCAGCAAUUACCAACGGUCAC